UUCAUACGUCUUCAGUCGGGUACUACAUAAAAAUUAGGCAGCACCUGUAAAAAAGAAGUUGCAACUUUACGGAGUUUGUUGCUGAAUAAGGAGAACAUAUUAGUUUUAAAAAGUGCAACACGUCAGAACUACAAAUGGAAAAGAAAAACGUGUUGAUAGUGUACGCGCACCAAGAACCGAAGUCAUUUAACGGCGCUCUGAGAGACGUUGCAGUGUCUACGCUGGAGGAAGAUGGACAUGACGUGUAUGUCUCUGAUCUGUACGCCAUGAAGUUUGACCCGAUGGCUUCAAGAAACAUAUACUUGAAGGACCCCGAACAUUUCAAUUUCCAAAAAGAACUAAGUCACGCAGCAGAAACUGGGAAACUUGCAGACGAUUUAGAUAUGGAAAUAAAGAAAAUAUUGCAAGCAGAUUUGAUCAUUCUUCAGUUUCCGAUGUACUGGCUGGGAUUACCAGCAAUAUUGAAAGGAUGGCUAGAAAAGUGCUUUCCGGACCGGGUGUGUUAUGACGCAGCCAAAAUGAAAUGGUUCGACCAUGGACUGUUCGUAAACAAGAAACUUAUCCUGUCGUUCACAACUGGUGGUUCUGCGUCAUACUUUUCAAACACUGGUGUUUUUGGAGAUAUGGACGUACUUCUCUGGCCAAUUCACAAUUCUCUUCGCGUGACCGGUUUACAAGUGUUAGUCCCUCAAAUAUUCUACGCCCCCGGUGACAUCGCUUGCGAUGACAGGAAACAAAUGCUUGCUAACUGGAGAAUACGGUUGCGAGAUAUUUGGAAAGAGGACCCAUUUCAAUUGGUUCAUAUUGACAACUUUGAUCCAAAUUUUGGUUUUGAACUAUCAGAAAAGUAUGUACAAGACUAUAAAGAUGAUACACUUGGACCAACAGCUGGUCAGUAUAUGUGAAAAUAUUUCAAUCAUAUGAAAACAAAAUGAUAUGAUUUUUACAAGGCUUAUUCACACUUUGGAUAAAUAUUGCAUAUUGCGCUGGGCAAAUGCUAGAAACCAAGUUAUGCACUGACUGUAUAUUUUGGAAGAAGAACUUUAGUAUCAAUAAGCCGCUGUUGUUGAUUGAGUUUUUACAAAAACGAUAAGAAUGAUGGCGCGUGUGUUGUCGAUUGUGUUUUCGCAAAUAGUUAAAAUGAUAAAAGCUUGUGUUGUUGAUUAUAUUUUAA